CGGCAGCUGCGGGGAACGGGCGCUGCCGAGCCGCCGAGGAUGAGCUGGUUCAACGCCUCGCAGCUGUCCAGCUUCGCCAAGCAGGCGCUGUCGCAGGCGCAGAAGUCCAUCGACCGGGUGCUGGACAUCCAGGCCGAGGAGAGCCCCUGGCCCGACGCCGUCAUCCCCGACUACGGUGACGGAACAAAUUCUCUCAUAAGUGGAGGAUGGGACACAUCUUCCUGGGGUUUGAGCUCAAAUACAGAACCCCAGAAUCAGCCAGUAUCUCCCACAGCAAUCACAAAGCCAGUGAGGAGGACAGUAGUGGAUGAAUCUGAAAAUUUCUUCAGUGCCUUUCUCUCUCCAACAGACGUUCAGAGUAUUCAGAAAAACCCAGUGGUGUCCAAACCUCCAGCCAAAUCACAGCGACCCAAAGAGGAGGUGAAAAGCACUUUAAAGGAGUCUCAGCCCUCCAGCCAGCUGGAAGGGCCAGUGACAGCAGAGACAGAAGUGAAGGAUUCCUCCGUAGCUGUGCUGGACUUGAAAAGCCUUGAUGGUCCCAAGGAGAAAUUAGAAGAGAAUCCUGUGCUUAAAUCUGAUGCUCAGCAUGAGGCAAGCACAAAUGAAGUUACUGACAAAAAUGUGUCUGCUCUAAAUUUUGAAGAACCUGAAGAUUCUCCUACUGAAAAAUGCAGUGUGGGAGGGGAUGGAGCAGCAGGUGCACCUGAGGGCACUUCUCAGCCCCUUGCAGCAGGCGGGAAAGACCUGGGUUUGGAAGGGAAGGAGAGAAAGACAGAAGACAGACAAAGCAAUACCCCAUCACCUCCCAUCAGCACCUUCUCCUCAGGCACUUCCACAACGAGUGAUAUUGAAGUUCUGGACCAUGAAAGUGUGAUAAGCGAGAGUUCAGUAAGUUCCAGACAAGAAGCUGCAGAUUCAAAAUCCAGCCUUCACCUCAUGCAGACAUCGUUCCAGCUCUUAUCCACGUCUGCCUGUGCGGAUUAUAAUCGCUUAGAUGACUUCCAGAAAAUGACCGAGAGCUGCGGCUCCUCGGAUGCUUUUGAAAGAAUCGAUUCAUUCAGUGUGCAGUCCUUGGACAGCAGGAGUGUCAGUGAAAUAAAUUCAGAUGAUGAGUUAUCAGGCAGGGCUUCUGCUUCAGCGUCUGUCGCUGUCAGUCCGUCCGUGCCAAAGACAGAAACGGUUGACGCCCUGAAAAAUAAAUCGGAAAACUUGAAUGAUGCUCCUGUGUUACAUGCUGAGGAAGCUGAGAUGGAAGAGAGUGGGAGAAGUGCAACCCCUGUUAAUUCUGAGCAGCCAGAUGUUGUUUUGGUUGCUGCUGUGCAAACUGUUGAAGAACAGGUGGUGAAGGAGGAGGCCGAGCCGCAGCAGGAUGCUGGGGAGCAAUUGGUAGAAGAGGUCACUGAAAAGCAAGAGCUUAAAAAGAUGAUUGAUUCAUUAACUGAGAAGCUGGAGAAGAGGGAAAUACAGUUAUUAAGUACUAGUAAAGAAAGGGCUCGCCUGGAAGAAGCUUAUGAUAACCUAAAAGAUGAAAUGUUUAGAAUGAAAGAAGAGAGCAGCAGCCUUUCAUCUCUUAAAGAGGAGUUUGCUCAGCGAAUUGCAGAUGCUGAGAAGAAGCUCCAACUAGCCUGCAAAGAGAGAGAUGCAGCUAAAAAGGAAGUAAAGACUGUUAAAGAGGAAUUGGCUACUAGACUUAAUACCAAUGAAACUGCUGAAUUACUGAAAGAAAAAGAAGAACAAAUCAAAGGAUUAAUGGAGGAAGGAGAAAAGCUGUCCAAACAGCAGCUGCAUAAUUCCAACAUUAUUAAGAAAUUAAGAGCCAAAGAGAAAGAGAGAGAAAAUAUUAACACAAAACAAAACAAAAAGAUUAAGGAAAUGGAAGAGGAGUUGCAGCAUUUAAAACAGGUGCUUGAUGGCAAGGAAGACCUUGAGAAGCAGCAUCGAGACAGCAUUAAACAACUGAAUGGUGUUGUGGAGAGACAAGAAAAGGACCUUGCUAAACUUCAGGCUGAAGUGGAGGACCUUGAAGAAAGGAACAGGAGUGUGCAGGCAGCACUCGACAGUGCAUACAAGGAACUUGCAGAUCUUCAUAAAGCUAAUGCCACAAAGGACAGCGAGGCUCAGGAAGCAGCCCUGAGUCGGGAAAUGAAGGCAAAGGAAGAGCUUGGGUUAGCACUGGAAAAGGCUCAGGAGGAAGCUCGGCAGCAACAGGAGGCUUUGGCAAUUCAGGUGGCAGACCUGAGGCUGGCACUGCAACGUGCAGAGCAGCAGGCAGCAAGAAAAGAAGAUUAUUUACGGCAGGAAAUUGGUGAAUUACAACAGAGACUCCAAGAAGCAGAGAGCAGGAACCAAGAGCUGAGCCAAAGUGUUACCUCUGCUACACGGCCCCUGCUGCGACAGAUAGAGAACCUGCAGGCCACGCUAGGAGCACAGACCUCUGCAUGGGAAAAACUGGAAAAGAACCUCUCUGACAGGCUGGGUGAGUCUCAAACUCUUCUAGCAGCAGCUGCUGAGAGGGAACGUGCUGCUACAGAAGAACUUCUUGCUAAUAAAAUUCAGAUGUCUUCUUCUGAAUCUCAAAAUAGUCUUUUAAGGCAAGAAAAUACCCGUCUUCAGGCUCAGCUGGAGGUUGAGAGAAACAAAUUGAAGAAAAUGGAAAAUGAAAACAGCAGGUAUGAGGUUGAACUAGAAGGGCUCAAAGAUGAGUAUGCAAAAACCUUGGAAGAUGCAAAGAAAGAAAAGGCACUGCUGGCUACUCAGUUAGAGAUGGAGAAGAUGAAGGUUGAACAGGAGAGAAAGAAGGCUAUUCUUGUGCAAGAAGCAGCAAAGGAGAAGGACCGAAAGUCAUUUACAGUUGAAACUGUAUCGAGUACGCCGUCAAUGUCCCGCUCCAGUUCCAUAAGUGGGGUGGACAUGGCAGGUCUCCAGACCUCUUUCCUCUCACAGGAUGAUCCUCAUGAUCACUCAUUUGGACCAGUAGCUACAAGUGGGAGCAAUCUCUAUGAUGCAAUAAGGAUGGGAUCAGGUUCAAGUAUAAUUGAAAACCUUCAGUCACAGCUAAAACUGAGAGAAGGAGAGAUUUCACAUCUACAGCUGGAAAUUGGAAACCUGGAGAAAACUCGAUCAAUAAUGGCAGAAGAGCUGGUGAAAUUAACAAAUCAAAAUGAUGAGCUUGAAGAAAAAGUGAAGGAAGUACCAAAAUUACGCAUACAGUUAAAGGAUUUGGAUCAGAGGUACAACACCAUUCUCCAGAUGUAUGGGGAGAAGGCAGAGGAGGCUGAGGAACUCCGGCUGGAUCUGGAAGAUGUGAAAAACAUGUACAAGACUCAGAUAGAUGAACUUUUAAAACAAAGACAGAAUUAAUUCCCCAUGGGACUCUUUAACUCUUUGGUGACAGACUGUAAAGAUAACUGUUUAUGUAAAUGCUGAAUUUAAUUGUCUUGUAAAAAAACCCCUGUAUUAUAGAAAAUGUGACUAUAUAAUAGAGUUCAUAUGUUGACAGAAGAAUCAAUGCUUUAAGUGUCCUGUUCUGUCUGCAGUUAAAUUAUUUGUGCAAUAUUUAA